AAAAUCCCCAAUUCUAACGCUCAGUCCCAUUUCCCCUCCUCAAUUCCUCUCUCGAAUCAUCUCUCUCAUCCCACCCCGGUCGCUCUCUUCCUCGGCACGGCAACCACCGCCCACCACCUUUGUCCUCUCGCAAAAACCUUUCCUCUUCCUCUCUCCAUUAACGACCUCACUUUCUCUUGGGUUCUCUGUCGUUCCUCUCAGACGGCACCACCACCACCACCACCACCACUGUUCUCAUAGAUUUAACUAUUAAAGAGCUGCUAGCAACUAGCAAGGAAAGAUUAGGCAAGUUGGAAAAAAAGUCACAAAUAAUGCCUCCACAAAAGAUUGAAACAGGUCACCAGGAUACUGUCCAUGGUAUAGCCAUGGAUUACUAUGGAAAGCGUCUGGCUACGGCUUCAUCUGAUGCUACCAUUAAGAUUGUUGGUGUUAGCAACAACGCUGGUUCACAGCACCUUGCCACAUUGAGUGGUCACAGAGGUCCUGUUUGGGAGGUAGCUUGGGCGCACCCCAAGUUUGGAUCCAUCCUUGCUUCUUGUUCCUAUGAUGGUCAAGUGAUAAUCUGGAAGGAGGGUAAUCAAAACGAAUGGCAACAGGCACAUGUUUUUAAUGACCACAAGACAUCUGUGAACGCCAUUGAUUGGGCACCUCACGAGGUUGGUCUUUGCUUGGCUUGUGGAUCAUCUGAUGGGAAUAUCUCGGUUCUCACAGCCAGAACUGAUGGUAGUUGGGACACCACCAGAAUAGAUCAAGUCCAUCCUGUUGGAGUAACCUCUGUUUCAUGGGCCCCAUCUAUGGCUCCUGGGUCUCUAGUUGGUUCAGGUUUAACGGAUCCCGUUCAGAAGCUAGCUUCUGGUGGCUGUGAUAAUACUGUUAAAGUAUGGAAGCUGUAUAACGGGACUUGGAAGAUGGAUUGCUUUCCUGCUCUUCAGAUGCACACUGAUUGGGUAAGAGAUGUUGCUUGGGCACCCAACUUAGGGCUUCCAAAAUCCACAAUUGCAAGUGCCUCACAGGAUGGUACAGUAGUCAUAUGGACUGUGGCCAAGGAAGGAGAUCAAUGGGAGGGGAAAGUUCUGAAGGAUUUUAAGACCCCAGUUUGGAGGGUGUCAUGGUCGCUUACUGGAAACUUAUUGGCCGUGGCUGACGGGAAUAACGAUGUAACAUUGUGGAAAGAAGCUGUUGAUGGUGAGUGGCAAGAAGUGACCACAGUUGAAACAUAGGCUUCAGUUUAUUACUGCUUUGAAGUGAUAUAUAUUUUCGUCUCAUCAUUAACUAGUUUGUCGAUUUCAUAUGAUGAUAUUCUUGAGAAUUUAUUUUGUAAUGAGUACUUCCAUUUACGUAUUUCCGUGAUGGCUUGGGAUUUAAUUUCUACUGGUAGGUAGUAAAUUCCAUUUACUUAUAUCCGAUGUUUGGUUGAUGAGGCUAUUGAGGUUCACCAUUUUGGACUGUUUCUCUUUAUUCAUUUGCGACAAUAUUUUAAAUAUUACUAGCUUUAGUUGCCAAGA